ACAGACGCCUGCAAAGCAAAAAUCGAUUGUAUACAGAGCGAAUGUUUAGAAAUUGCACAAAAAUACUUGCUAAUUUCUGGGUAAAAACACACCCAAUAGCAUGAUGAGAUACCAGAGAACCUAGAAAACCAAAAGGACUCGCAGGAAAUGUUCCAAAGAUGCCGACUUUAGGCUUCGAUCUCUCAAUCUACUGUGACAAUCUCAAGGCCACCAAGCCACCCUACAAGUGCCCUGUGCCAGACUGCGGCAGAGUCUACAAAAGUUAUUCAGGAAUAAGAUUCCACCUGUACAAAUUUGACCAUGACAACCCAGAAAAUAACAGCAGUGCUCCAUCGCCUGCCCCAUCCGAUUCUGGUAAAAAGAAGCCAGGUGGCGGGCGGAGAUCAGCUGCCCGUUUAGCUCAUCACCGAUCACGUAGGUCACCUACGCCACCUGACUUCAGGAGUGGAGGAGGACCGACAAGAGAGCGGACAUUAACUUACGCGGAAUCUCAACGUCUUGUGGAAAUUGACUUAGAUGGUCGCACACACCGUCUGAAUAUAUUCGAACCGUUGUCUGUUGUGACUCAAGAUGCGGUUGAAAAUGAAGUCGAGAAACUAGUGGUUGAGGAGGAAAAGGUUGAAAAGCCUGUCCCGCUCAGUAAACCUGGAAAGGAGCCAAAGAAAAAAGAAAUCGCAGCCACACCUCAUCCUCCGCAUCCAGCAUCCAAAUUGCCAGAAGCGAGUUAUAAGGUUUUGAUGGACUAUGUUAAAUGCCCGCCAGCUCCAGCCAGACCGAGCAACUAUUAUAGAUUCAUGGAGAAAUCGACAGAUGAGUUGGAUGAUGAAAUUGAAUAUGACAUGGAUGAAGAGGACUAUGCGUGGUUGGAGCUCAUCAAUGAAAAGCGUAAGAAGGAAAAUUUAUCAUCAGUGACGCAAGAAAUCUUUGAAACGCUCAUGGAUAGGUUCGAGAAGGAGGCGUUCUUUCAAAGCCAGACCUCGGGUCAAGACUCACACUCCUCCAUCGAUGAGGAUGCAGUCUGUUCCAUCUGCAUGGACGGUGAAUGCCAGAACAGUAAUGUGAUUUUAUUCUGUGACAUGUGCAAUCUUGCGGUACACCAGGAGUGCUACGGCGUACCAUACAUACCCGAGGGACAAUGGCUCUGUCGGCGCUGCCUGCAGUCGCCGUCCUGUGCGGUCGACUGUUCCCUGUGUCCAAACAAAGGUGGUGCUUUCAAACAGACUGACGAUGGCCGCUGGGCUCAUGUUGUUUGCGCGUUAUGGAUCCCGGAGGUGGGUUUCGCAAAUACGGUUUUCCUCGAACCUAUAGACAGUGUUGACCACAUUCCACCAGCCCGGUGGAAACUCAUGUGUUAUAUUUGUAAACAACGCGGUGCUGGAGCCUGCAUACAGUGCCACAAGACAAACUGCUAUACUGCUUUCCAUGUGACAUGUGCACAACAAGCGGGAUUAUUUAUGAAAAUUGAACCAAUCAGAGAGACAAAUGUAAAUGGUGUGUACGUGAGUGUUAGAAAGACUGCAUUUUGUGACGUCCACAUGCCGGCCGACCACGGACACGGACCAAUGAUAAACAAUGGAGAUGAGAAUGAGGACAAGUCCAUCGCCGCUAAAGUUGCCAAGGCGAAGUCGAGACAGAAAAUGAGGAAGGCACGCAAGAUAUUAGCCGAGAAGAGAAAUGCUAUGCCUGUGGUGUCAAUACCAAUGAUUCCUCCCCAUAGGCUAAGUAAAAUUGCCACCCGAAUCUCCCUGGCCAAGAAACAACCGUUUGUGCUACGACUACAGAGUUACUGGACGCUGAAGAGACAGUCAAGGAAUGGUGUGCCACUGCUCAGGCGGUUACAAUCCAAUCACAUGUCGAGAAAUAAGGAGCAGACGAAAAAUGACAAACAGAGUAAUGAGCUGAAGGCGCAGCUGAAGUAUUGGCAGCGACUGCGACAAGAUCUGGAGAAGGCUCGGCUCUUGGUGGAGCUCAUCAGAAAACGUGAGAAGCUCAAGCGAGAACAGCUGCGAUUACAUCAGCUGACUAUCGAGAUGCAGCUGCAUCCGUUCGUUGUCUUCUUGAGGACGGUAAUUGACCAACUACAGGAGAAGGACACCACAAACAUAUUCGCUGAACCUGUCUCAUUGAAAGAGGUUCCUGACUACCUAGACUACAUCAAACAUCCCAUGGAUUUCCAAACGAUGCGGGAUAAAAUAGAGGGUCACUACUAUAACCAGAUGGACGACUUUGAGGCGGACUUCAACAUGAUGAUCUCAAACUGUAUGACAUAUAAUGCCAAGGAUACAGUAUUUUAUAGGGCGGCAGUCAAACUUAGAGACGUGGGUGGUGCAAUCAUCCGAGCCUCGCGACGUAUGGCGGAGAAGAUUGGAUAUGAUCCAGACACUGGUUUACAUCUGACGGAACCUCCUCCCGUUACGCCACAAGUACCAGAGACUUUAGAAAGUAUUGAGAGCUUCUUGCCACCAGAGGUUCGAGCCGACAUGCCACUCGAAGAACAACUGCGGAUCUUACUCGACAAAAUGGAUAUAGCUAAUGCUAUCAAACAAGGAGGAAGAAAAUCAAAACUUGCCAAACAAAUCAAGAAAGAGAUUGUGAAGGUUCGUCGACAGUUGGCUCUUCAGCGUGGACACACGAGCAAUGACCCAGAUGACAGAUAUUCUGAGACUGACCACGACUCAUCUGCCACUGAACCUUUGUCGCCAAAAUCCCCACCCCUGAAAUUAGGACGGGUACCAAAGUCACCGAAAGCUCCAAAAUCUCCUGGGGUGAAGUCAACGGGACCAAAAUCUCCUCGAUCUCCUGGACCCAAGUCACCUUUACCGAAAAUGCCAACAACACCUAAGGCGCCUUCAACACCCAAGGCCCCUACAACGCCAAGACAAACAACAGCGCCAAAACUGCCAUCGGCGCCAAAACUUUCUGAGUUAAAACCUCCGCCUUCGCCAAUUAAGACUGCCAGUACGGCGACUCAGAAAAGGAAAGGGCGGCCAGGUCGGCCAAGAGUGAGAAGUACGAAGAGUGAAUCUGAACCAGAGCCGCAGACGUCAACACCAGUUGCCACAGAAAUAAAAUCGACUGAAGGCGGCACGGAGGUUGCGGCCCCGUCAGAAACAUCUGAAAAGCCUCCCGCCGAUACGAGUACAACAUCAGCGUCACCGUCGCCAUCUGGUGUCAACAGAAGGACGUCGGUCCUAUUCAGCAAAAAAGCCUUGAAGACCCGCAAACCACAGCCGUUACAGUUAGACGCCACACCUCAACCCCUGCGGAAAGGUCCCGGUCGACCACCCAAAGUCAAACAACCGAAGCCCCAGAUUUUCCCUGAUGGUGAUAAGGAGGAACCGUCUGAAAAAGCCAAAGAUGACGCAAUGAAGUCACCAAAGUCUCCAGGGAGACAAAGCCGCAAGCGCGCUGCCAGCACCAGCAUCGCAGAAAUGAGUAGUGCACCGCCGCCGAAACGUAGCAUGUCAACCACGACGGAAAGACCUGAAGCGAUGUCGGUCGCGUCGCCAAAACGAUCCAUGUCCGUCAGUGAACCUCUUUCACCUCGGUCACCAAAGUCGCCGAAACAACCUCGCUCACCAUCGCCGAAAAAUCUCCAACAGCGGGAGAGUUUUCUUCAGUAUCGUAUCGACCGGUCUCUGAGCAGCUCGGAAUCCGAUACAUCCUCCGAGACGAGUAAUACUGACACGAGUGAUUCCGACUCCUCCAGUAACGCCAGUUCCGACGGUAGUGGAGACGGAGACGAUAAGACACCACGCUAUUCUCGUCGAGCGCAUAAAAAGAAGAAAAAACGCCGUGCGGCGAGUAUAGAGGGCGCAAUUGAGGGUCAGGAAGAGCAUGCCGAUGAUGGGUGUGAAUUGUUGAAACCUGCCUCUUUGCGUAGGACGGAUCGAGCUGAACAAAAGGUCAAAGGUCAUGAGCAGAAAAUGAACGAUCAAUGUCCAAUGAAAGAUGAAACAAGUACAGAGGAAGGGCACUCAGAAAUUUGCAUUGCGCCGAGCAAUUUAAACGAUGCAGAAACGUCCGAUGAGAUAAAGUUCGAAAAUGUACUGAGUGAGGAGAACUUAGAAUCUUCUGAGCUUGAAGAUGAAAGUGUUAGCCCUUUUGCCGUGCGUACCAAGACACGCUUCAUGCCCUGGGAUGAGGAUGAAGAAGACCUCGUCCCCCUGGAACCGCUCGAUCUGGUCUGGGCAAAAUGCCGCGGUUACCCCUGGUACCCGGCCCUCAUCAUUAACCCCAAGAUGCCCAAGACCGGCUACUUCCACAACGGUGUCCCGAUUCCAGUACCACCAGAGGAUGUCUUGGGUUUGCAGAGAAAGUUUGAUGAAUUGGUUUAUUUAGUUCUCUUCUUUGACACCAAAAGAACGUGGCAAUGGUUACCAAGGGGUAAACUGGAACCGCUGGGCGUCGACUCGGGCCUAGACAAGGCAAAACUCGCUGAGAACAAGAAGCCAAACAUUCGUAAGGCAGUCAAGUUGGCGUAUGAAAAGGCCAUAAUGCACCGGUGUCGGGUGACAGGUGAACCGAAUCCAUUUGUGCCAUCAGAAUCAGAGUCAGACACGGAGAUGGAAUUUGAAAUUGGUGGAAAGAAUGAGAAAAUGGACUGAUAGACUUUGUCUGGAUCUUGAGAAAGUUUGUCUGGAUGUUGAUAGACUUUGUCUGGGGCUUGAUAUACUUUGUCUUGGUGUAGAUACACUUUGCCUAGAACUUGAUAGAUUUUGACUGGAUAUUGAUAGACUUUGUCUAGAUCCUGAUAGACUUUGUCUGGAUAUUGAUAGACUUUGUCUGAAUCAUGAUAGACUGAAUGUGGAUGGACUUCAUCUGGAUCUUGAUAGACUUUGUCUAUAUGUUGAUAGACUUUGUUUGGAUGUUGGUAGACUUUUCGUGUCGUUGGUACGGGGGAAAUGUUCUAGGAACUUUUGUAUGCUAAGCUUUCACUGCCAAUCAAAGAAAAACAAAGAGGGCUAGUUAUUUUCACCCGUGCUGUACAACUUGUGGACUAGUAGGUUAAUUGGCUCUCCAAAUGAUCUUAUGUCGAAAUGUUACAACCUUGAAAAUAUAGGUUUAGGUAAAUUUUCAGUGAGGCUGGUUCAGAGAUUUAGUUGCUUUCUCUUUGAAGUUACUUACAAUCAAUUCUUGAUACAAGUAUCAAGAAUUGAUUAUUCUAAUUCCUGAUUGUAUGUAUUGGAAACUGAGGGUGAAAUUGACAAAUUAGAAUUUAGAAUUAGGCCAUCACUACUUGGGAUAUUGAUGAAAGAAAUGUAUUGGUCCCUGGUACACAUAUUGGGUAGUUGGACAGUUUAAUGUGUACAAGAUGAGAUUGAAGUCUUUGGACUUUAAAUUUUAAUCAUUAAACUUAAGUUUUAAUGAAUAGAUUUCAUGUUGUAAAAAUCACCCUCAGUUUUGAAGGUGGCCGUCAAAUCAUUGUAAAUAUUGAGAAAAUAUUAGAGUAUUUAUCAAGAAGAUAUCAUAUAGAUCAUAUAUGCGGACACCAUGGUACUGUAACUGUGUAUAUAACAAGCCAUAUUGUCCUGGUGCCUGAAGUAGGUUUUAGUUCUGGGCCCAGUUGCUCAAUCUGCCUUAGAGACUAACGGAAGCAUUAGCGUAACUAAGCGUUAUGUCUUUCAGUAAAUUUCAUUUGCAACAUAGCAUUAGCAUUAGGACUCCAUGCCAAUGUUACAGCUCAUGCUGGCUGAGUAACCCUCCCCUGUGACUUUCUAAGCUGAACAGUACAUUUUGUGAGUCUUCACCGAUGAAAAUGUCAUGGUUGAUCUGAUUAGCAGUCCUUGCCAGAACUGUGGUAUCUUGAAGAAAACGCAUUCAAAUUUCCAACUUCACUCUGUGUUGCCAUUCAGGAUUGGUACUCCAGUUAUUGAGUGUUAUGAUCAGAUGACGUUGUUUGACUCAAUUAACCACAUAUGCCUGGUGUAUCGAGUAGGAAUGCAUUGCAUGAUGGGAUGGAAUACUCAAAAAAGCAUGAAUACCUAGCCAGACCUGCUCAGCUCAGCAGUGACAUUAGAAUAAAUUUGCAUAUAAAUUUGCAUAUGCUAAUUAGUGUGUAGUUAGAAAGAAAGUAGAUUAGAUUAUUGGAGUUGAUGAUUUUAUUGCUUGUUUUCUUAAACUUCAUGUGGCAGUCUGUUUUGGUUCCGUAAAUUUGAUGGAAAUUGUGCUUUGUGUACAUGUCAUGUGGCUUUUGUUCCUGGCUUUCAAGAUAAGCAGCUUUUUUUUAUAUAUACUGUAAAGAAUUACAGAGUUUCUUUGUAAAAGGCACCACAGGAAUACAUCCAAAAGUGUACGUAAACACCUGGAGAACAUAUUGUAUGUUUACAUUUCAAAUACUGUAAAAACGGAAAUAAAGGGAGUUGAUGUGUUUAGCUGAGUUUACUUAAGUUUCACCUAUCUAAGACAAUUUCUUUGCUUAUUACUCAAUAGAAAUAGCACUAAGACCAAGCCUGAAUGUGACUAUUUGACAACUUGGUGUCACCAGUCCAUUGUCACAUCUAAGUGAGCAUUUCGAGUUGGAUCAAACAUGUACAUGUACAUUAUUUACCCAUUCUUGAAUAUCUAGAAAUGGUCUUAGAUUGGAGAAACUAGAGUCUUUUCAUGCAGAAGUUGAAUUUUGUUGUAUUUUAUAAAGUUCUAGCUGAUGAACUUGAUUUUAUGUUGGCGUCAAAAGAUGACUGGAAUGUAGAAUAACUUUAGUGUUGUCAGGUUGUGGUGUGAAAGGUACUUGGAAUUUAAUAGCCUAGCAUUUGAGUAAAACCUCAGAGGUGACUGAAUAUUUAUAUAUCGGAAUUCGAACUCUUGCUCCAUCAAUCAAGUCGAAUUGAAAUGGUCACAACUCAUUCUAAUCUUUCUUCCAUGCAAGUGAAUCUAUGUGGUGACGUCAAUUGAUGAUGUGUUACCACAUUAUGAGUGCUUAUUCUUUUCACAAUGAUCCCUCAAAAAAGAACGAGUAUCUAACAAAAUGAAUAGUCUUGUUCUCCAAAUGUGACCCGUCACAGCAAAAGCAGGCGCAAGUCGCUCUGUCUUGGCAGGUUGAGACGUGCUGUAUAUUUUCAUUUUUAUAUAGUCGACGGGUGUGCACUUUGCUUGCAGUCCUGCAUGUAUUCACUGAAACAUACCAUGAAUUAUACUCUCAUAGAUUUCGUAAAAAGCUUUGUAAAAAUUGAGCCGUAUCUGUGGAUGUUCGUAGUAGUACUCCAGAGCUUUCUUUUCCCACUUCACCUGUGUUAUUACUUUCUUCCUUCAAAUAAACUAUUACAAUAUGAUGA